UCCUGUACUUUUUAAAAUGAAAUAAAAUUUAAUAUAUAUGAAUUAUUAAUAAACAUUAAAGUAAAUAAAAGAUUUACAUCCAAACUGAACCAAAAAGUAAUGUUCCAAAUAACAAAUGAAAAUAGAGACGUCCAAAAUGAAUCAAAAAAGCACUUCAAAUAAUGGGACAAAAUUGGUCGGCGAUGAAGGUGUUAUUUCACCUCUAGAGGCCGCUCUCGAGCCUAUAACGACAGAGGACCCUUCUCAGCCGCUCCCGCAACGGACGCAACCCGACAGCCCCUCAGCGUACCCAGGGUUAGAGCCAGCUAGCUUGCUGUAUUAACACUUAUAGUAGUAUGUAUACGUAGUGAAGCUAACGUUGCUCCGCAGCCAGUUAGCUUCAUUUAUUCGCAGGCUAACACAACACAACCUGCUUUUCCCAGUCUGUCAGAAAACUGCAAAUCAGACGUGAAAUCAGGAUAAACAUCUUGUAGAGUACACGCUGCUUUAGUGAAAUUAUUGUGUGUGGGGGGGGGUCUUGAUUGAAUACUCAGAUGUGAUUGGCCGAGUGCCCAUUUGUUUUCCUCUGCCAAGUUUAGCGCUGCUCAAAGUGCUAGCCCGUCAGUUUGUUAGAUGAUACUGUUAAUCUGUGUGUGUGUGUGUGUGGGUGUGUGGGUGUGCACGAGUGUGUAAAUACACACUUCAUGUUUUUAUAAUUAGCCUAGCUGCUGUAUGACGUGGCUAAAGAGUGCAGAUGGGUUAGCAGCGGAUUUAGCGUCUCUGUAUUACAGUCAGUAAAUGAAACCUCGCAUCUACAUUCAGUCCCAUAUGCUGCACCUGUCUGUCUGUCUGUCUGUCUCUGUCUCACACUCUGCCUCUUUGUUUCCCUCUGUUUCACUCUCACAUCAUCUCUCUCUCUCUGUCUGUAUCUUUCUGUCUCACACAUCAGCUGUCUCGACAGUCAUGUGAAAAAACAAGUACACCCCAUGGAAGUGGAGAUCGGGUGCCAGUGAUGAGAACCUGCUCAGGGAGUGCAGGUGGAACCGGUCUUAUUUAUACCCCUCUCAUAUCUAGUGUCUGGUGUUCCCUUUGCUAUUGAGGUGUGUGGUGUCAUCACGCCAAGAUCUAAAGAAUUCUGUAAGGCCUUCAGAAAAAAGGUUGUGGAUGCCUGUGAGUCUGGCGAGGGAUUUACUGGCUGUCCCAACAAAUUCAGCCCAAGAGCAGACAUCUGAUGCAAAAAGAAGUCUCCAAGAACCCCAAAAUUUCAUCACAGAUUCUGUUAUUGGUGAGUGGAGGUUCUAUCGUUAACGCCGAGGCGGUAUGGGAUCAUGUGACCAUGGCGGAUCGCGAGUUGGCCUUUAAGGCCGGCGAUGUCAUCAAAGUGCUGGACUCGUCCAAUAGGGACUGGUGGUGGGGGCAGAUCGACGAGGAGGAGGGCUGGUUUCCCGCCAGCUUCGUUCGGGUGGACCCGAACUCCACCCAGCCUCCACCCAAGCAGCAACUUUUAUACAUCAACCCUGUCGUCGCCCCGCUGAAGCUAUGGGCGAAUCAGGAGGAGACAGUGUUGGUGGAUCCAGCAGAGGGCGGUAGCGAGGUUCAGAACGGCCACGCCGAGGCGAGUCCGAACCCGAGCAGCGACUGUGUGUGUUUGAGCCAGACGGCGCAGAACCGAGACCAGAUGAGGGCGAACGUAAUCAACGAGAUCAUGAGCACUGAGAGACACUACAUCAAACACCUAAAGGACAUCUGUGAGGGUUAUCUGAAGCAGUGCAAAAAGAGGAGAGACAUGUUUAACGACGACCAGCUGAAGGUGAUAUUCGGGAACAUCGAGGACAUUUACAGGUUCCAGCUCGGCUUCGUCAGAGAUCUGGAGAAACAGUUCAACACCGAAGAACCGCACCUGAGUGAGAUCGGACCCUGCUUCCUCGAGCAUCAAGACGGUUUCUGGAUCUAUUCCGAGUACUGUAAUAACCACGUAGACGCAUGCAUGGAGCUCACGCGUCUCAUGAGAGACGGCCGGUACCAGAACUUCUUCGAAGCAUGCCGAUUGGUCCAGCAGAUGAUAGACAUCGCCAUCGAUGGCUUUUUGUUAACUCCUGUCCAGAAGAUCUGCAAAUAUCCACUACAGCUGGCAGAGCUGCUGAAAUACACUGUACAAGAGCACAGUGAUUACCGCUACGUCGCUGCAGCGUUGGCUGUUAUGAGAAACGUAACUCAGCAGAUUAACGAAAGGAAACGAAGACUGGAGAACAUCGACAAAAUCGCUCAGUGGCAGGCCUCCGUACUGGACUGGGAGGGUGAUGAUGUCCUGGAUAGGAGCUCUGAGCUGGUGUACACCGGAGAGCUGUCCUGGAUCUAUCAGCCUUAUGGGAGGAGCCAAACACGGGUCUUCUUCCUGUUUGACCAUCAGAUGGUCAUCUGCAAGAAGGACUUGAUUCGACGUGAUAUCCUUUACUAUAAAGGACGAAUCGACAUGGACCGCUACGAGGUCAUGGACGCUAUCGACGGCAGAGACGACGAUUUUAACGUCAGUGUGAAAAACGCCUUCAAACUGACCAACAAAGACUCGGACGAAAUCCACAUUUUCCUCGCCAAGAAGCUUGAGGAGAAGAUCCGCUGGCUGCGAGCGUUUCAGGAGGAACGCAAGAUGGUGCAGGAAGACGAGAAAAUCGGGUUUGAGAUUUCGGAGUAUCAGAAGCGACAGGCAGCUCUGACGGUGAGGAGAGUAACCAAACAGAAAGGUAUGGGACGGUCGGCCCCGCCCUCCUACCCUCCCCCUCUGGACCCCGUGAACCCAGGUCACUUCCUCCUCCCGGAUGGAUACGAGUACGAACCCAAACGCAGCACGUCACCUUUCUGGCACAACAUCAGCCGCUUAGCGCCCUUUAAGAAAUAGCCACCGAGCGAAAGCGAACGCGAUCUUUCAGCCGGAGCAACCGCCAACAAAAACAAAAACAAUUUAACGUAACGAAAAAGAAGAAGCACUACCCUACGAUAAACAAAUUUUUAACACCACCGAGCGAAAAAACCCAACACGGACCGCUGCGAUUUUCUGCAACAAUCAAACGUUAAAAAAAAAAUAAGAAGCACUAUCCUAAAUAUCUUUUUUUUUCUUCUUCUUUUUUUUUUUUUUAGGAGGAAAGACACACACACACACACACACACACACACACACACACACACACACACACACACAUAUGCACAGCUGGAGAGAAGAAGCUGUACUGGGUUACGGCGCCCCCUGCCGGACUGGCCGCACUGAACUGUAUACACAUGACACAUUACACACUGGAGAAACACACACACACACAUACACACACACACACACACACAGUACCGGUUAAACACACUUGUGCAUCCUUUUGGAAACCCAACGUCGCUCCGUCCUUCGUCCGAUGGGAUUUUCGAUGUGUUUUGUUUCCCUUUUCUCUGCAAGCGAAUUAAGAAUCAAUUUUUGAAACAAGAAGAAAAAAAAAAAAAGAAACACACGCACACACACACACCUGAUAAAGCACUAACGACUCUCCGCUCUCUAGCGCCGCCCUGGUGUUCCUCCGUGCACUGUGACUAAUCGGGGCAUUUCUGUCUCUCUUUUUCUCCAUCUCUCCUUUUUCUCUCUUGACAGCUUAACACCCGGUCCAUCCUGCAGUACUCUUCGGAUAUGGUUCAUGGUCCGUUCUCCCUCCCCCUCAACCCCCCCCCUUUAUUUCGUGUGUGCGCGAGUUUCUCCGUGUGUUGCAUUCUUUCGGUUCUGCAUGAAAAUAUGAAACGGUCCGAUUACAGGUAUUUUAUAUUCUUACGGGUCAAAGUCGUUCAAAAGAGAUACAUUUUUGUACUGAACAACUGAAAAAAAUAUAUUUUUCUCCACGUGAAGGUUUUCCGGCCUGUGUCGAAUCACAAAGAUGUUUCUUCUUCAUCAGUUUUAUCGGUUUAUACAGUAUGUGCGGCAUACAUUGUGUUUCAAUAACCAACGGUAUCGAGUUGUACUUAGGGUUGUCAUGGUAACUGUGCAGAAAAUUACGCUAGCGUCUCUGUAUUUCAGCUAAAACUUAAGAAGCCUCUCAGUCUGGUUUUCGUCUUACGUUUAUUUCGCUUUGAUGUUCUUAACAGGACCGACUGGUAUACGUGUGCUAGCUACGCUGCGUGAAAUAAAACAAAGUGAUAUUAUGUCCAACGUUACAGUUGCCAUGACAACUUCAUGUCGACGAAUGUGAAAAAUAUAAUUAUAUACGGAGUAUAUCUAGGCAAAUUGUUAAUUUUAUGCGAAAAUUUCGUUCCAGGUAAAACCUAUUGAAGCCAAAGUUGAAAUCAGUCCUGGACAGAAACGUACGGAAUUCUGCGUACAUACAAUUUUAUUAAUAAUACAACACUUUCUUUUAAAUUACUGAUGGAUUUUUCAUCUUGGAGUAAAACUGAUGAAGCACCCAAACAUCUGCAAGGUUACUGUAUAACACCUCCACGUCCAUUCGAGUCUUGACUCAUACUACUACUACUACUACUAGACGUAUAUUUUUUUCCAGUUGUUAAAUACAAUCUGGGACUCCUGCUGACAUUGGCAGGCUAAUCUUAAGCCUUAGCAAGCUAAUGUUGAAGCUAAAGUUUAGCCAAAAAUGAAACGUACACAAUUUUCCGCUUCAAAUAUAAUCGAUUAGCUUGGACGCGUUUGGUUUGGAAGUUUGCUUCUUUAGUUUUGUUAUAAAUCUAAGAGGCUAACGUAGCUAACAAGUGUGUGUAUAGCUUAAAGGUUUAGCCUCAAUUACCACACACUAUGUCCUGGCUAAUUUUUUAUUUUUUUUUAAAGCGAAAAAUGACGUGCAUUUUAUUUUUGGCCGAACUAUUGCUAAUAUUCUGCUAAUAAACUAGCAUCCAUGUUAUAUAAUAAGCUAAUUUUAAAUCUUUAUCUUUAAUCGAUUUCUAAUGAUAUCGAUCUGCACCCCGGACUUUGAUCCAAUCGGAUUGUUUAAUGUUGAUUAUUUAUUAGAUAGCUGGACUUUUUUUUUUUUGUUGUUGUUGCUAAUCUUCUCUCUAAUAUUGUGCCAAAAUGGUUUGGUUGCCAAAUUGUCCCAAAACAGGUGCACUGUUCCCUGUCCAGGUGGAACCCAGGUAUGUGUCUUCUCAGGAGACGUUUUCAAUUUAUUAAAGUUAACUUCAACUACGCUAAUGCUGCUAGUGUUAGCCUUUUAGGGUUUCUUUAAAUUAUUUUUGGUUUAUUUUCCUCAAAAACAAUGGACUUGUGCAAGGUUUAAUUUAUGGUAUAUUCAAUUUUUUGAAAGAUAGUAUUUAGUCCAAAUCACAAUAUUUAAAAGUAUGAAUAUAAAGCAUUAUUUAUUCUAUUAUAAUGUGAUAUUUUUUUCCACGUCGAUGCUCUUUCUGGAUUUUGGAAGUGUGUCAAAAGGACAGGAAGUGAAAAUAUUAUUAUUAUUAUUAUUAUUAUUAUUAUUAUUAUUAUUAUUAUUAAUGAAAAGGAGAAAGACUUUGAAGAGGGAAAAAAAGAGAAGUGGAUGAAGUUAUGUUGCACCAUAUGUACUAAGUGCCAUAUUAAAAUAAUAUUAGGUUAUGAAAGAAAAUAUCAGUUUAAUGUUUUAAUUUGGUGAUCUGAUUGACAUGGUAUCAAUAUUUCAUAAUAAACUUCGUUAUGAACACCACCUCCCUGUACUAUUUUUUUUAUAUGAAUGUGAUAAACUGAAAGUGUUUCUCAUUCAGUGUGUAAAUAUUCUAACCUGCGUUCCAGUAUCAUUUUGAAUUCUGUUUGGUUUUAAUCCCAUCUUAGGGGCGGUUUGUUUACUUUAUCAGAAGAUUGUAGGACGAGUCGACAUCACUGUAGACGUAAGAAGCACAACUUCAUAUACCUUAUUAUUCCUUAAUGAUAAAUGUCACAGUACUAACUAAUAAUUAUUUUAACUUAACUCUAAUUAGAACUACUUAACUAACUUGCAUACUAAUUAGAUAUGAUGUAAUUUACAAUAACAUGUAAACUAUAAUAUAACUCUUGCUGUAACUAUUUUAAGUUAUGUUGUAUACAUAAUAUUUAACUAUAAGUACCAUAAAUGAGAAUUUACCG